GCCCCUGUGACAGUUGGGGCUGGUCUCAUCGCUCUCAUCGCAUCACAACAUCAACAGGGCGUUUCAGGCAGCGCUCACACAUACAGUAGCAUUGGAAUUGGUCCACCCUCAAUGGGACAACAGUUCCUUUCCAUACAGACGACAUGAAAUGUUGAUUUGGUAAAAAUGAACAAACCCAAAAUGGCCACAGAGAAAGGUGUUCCCAGUAACUCCAGGGUACUGAUGCUCCUGAGCCAACUAGAGAGGAUGAAUGGAGAGGCCAUGAUGAAAGAUGUCGACACAGCACGACAGGUCACUGCAAAGAUACUUCAUCUCAUACAGACGCAGGAGAAGAGCGGAAAAGAGGUGAUGUCGAAAGGCUCCAGUGGCAUGGAGGUCAUCCUGGCUUCACUGGAGAACACCCGUGAUGUCCAGACCACCUUGAACAUCCUGUACAUUCUCAGUGAGCUGCUGACUGUGGGCAGAGGUCGCAGGGUGGGAGUAUUUGUGUCCAAAGGAGGAACAGGGAUAUUAUUUCAGAUUUUGAUCACUGCCAGUAAAGAGUUGCCUCCCAGUGAGGAACUCAUGCUGCAGCUUCACUCUCUGCUGGCCAAGGUUGGCCCAAAAGACAGAAAGUUUGGCGUGAAGGCGCGUUUGAGCGGAGCUCUGAACGUCACAAUCAACUUAAUGAAACAGAACCUACAGAAUACCAAGCUGCUUUUGCCCUGCCUGCAGGUUCUCAGGGUUUACUCUACCAACUCGGUGAAUUCUAUUUCUUUGGGCAAGAAUGGAGUGGUGGAGCUCAUGUUCAAGAUUACUGCGCCGUACAGCAAGAAGAACACCAGUCUGCUCAAGGUAGCUCUGGACGCACUGGGAGCACUGCUCAAAUCCAAAACUAACGCUCGCCGUGCAGUGGAUGGCAAACAUGUGCCUGUCUUGCUUGCUCUGUACCUGGAUUGGCAUCGGAAUGACACACGGCAUCGCCAUAUGCUGAUUCGCAAAGGGUUGCUGGUCUGCAUCAGGAACAUCACCAACAUCAAGCUUGGCAGGAAGGCGUUCAUAGAGGCUGAUGGCAUGAGGAUCCUCUACAACUCAUCCACUGAGUGUCUCCCGGUACGUACUCUGGAUCCUCUCAUCAACACUUCAAGUCUCAUCAUGAGGAAGUGUUUUCCUAAGAACCGUCUGCCUCUGCCCACCAUCAAAUCAGCCUUCCACUACCAGCUGCCACACAUACCUGCUGUAGGACCUGUGGCACAGUUGUACAGUCAGCCACCUGGGGGAAGAACAAGUCAUCAGCUCAGCGACAAGCCCUUAAAGAAGGUGGAUGAUGUAGUGGAUGAAAGCGAUGAUAAUGACGAGACGGAAGCAGACACAGAGAACGAUACUGAGAACGAAGAGGAUGAGAAAGAUCAUUGCACUGCGAAUGAUGACAUAGAAACCGACCUAAACAAGCUACAUCCCAAAAAGAGCCCUGGCCGUCCAUAUGAAGAGUUAAGAGUCUAUGAGAGAUUCUUCCUGGAGCUAUCUGAAGAUUUUCAGGGGUAUAACUUUGAAUGCUCAAAGACUUCCUCUACCACCUCUUCAUCAUCAUCCUUCUCCUCAUCAUCAGCCUCCAGCCGAUCCACUCGGCCAAUCGUAGUGCCCACAGCUCAAUCCCUGUCCCCAAAGCACGUCCCCACACAGAGUUCUCAGGAGGACUGCAACCCUACCAAAGAACAACACAGUCAGCCAUCUCCCUCUGCUCCCGCUCCUUCUCCCCCAGCUCCUCUAACACCUCUCGAACUGGACACUAUCCAACUCACCAAGGACCAAGACAAAAAAAAAGAGGCCCACAUUCCUUCCCCUGAUGGACAUGCAACCUUGUCCUCCAGGCCUCCAUCUCAAGGGCAGAGGAUAGAACAAGAACUAGCUCAUGUGUUGGAGUGUGUCUCUCUAGAAGAGGCGGGGGCUCUGAAUGCAGGUGAAGAAAUACUGGGAGUCAAACAAGAAGGAUCUCCAGUCAAUGCCACAAGACACAUACAGUCUCCUUUGCUCUUUGGAGGUAUCACGACACGUCGUGUGGGAGGAGGGGGCAGUAACUGGGGUUCAGAUUGUGGUUCAGAGGGUGCUGAGGAUGAAGGAGGGGAAGGAGCAGUUCUGGAGGUGCCAGACACAGCACUGCUCCUCUCUCUGCAUGACCCUGACCUGUAUGUGGAGAUGGUGAAGGGAACACACUCUGUACCCCAGUAUGCUGAAGUGGCUUACCCAGACUACUUUGGCCAUGUAGCCCCAACAUUUAGGGAAUCCCUUCUGGAGAGAGUUUAUGGUGUGCAGAGGUCUAAGAUAUUCCAGGACAUUGAGAGGUUGAUUCAUCCUAAUGAUAUCCUGGAUAAAGUAGUUUACGACCUGGACAUUCCUAGUUGUCCCGUGAUUGAAGAUGAUGGCGAAUCCCUGAAGUUCAACUCUCAGUUUGAGUCUGGCAACCUCAGGAAGGCAAUUCAAGUUAGGAAAUAUGAGUAUGACCUUGUGCUGAAUUCAGACAUCAACAGCAAUCACUACCACCAGUGGUUCUACUUUGAGGUGAGCGGUAUGCGUGUUGGAACUACCUACCGCUUCAACAUCAUCAACUGUGAGAAGUCAAACAGCCAGUUCAACUACGGCAUGCAGGUGCUGAUGUACUCUGUGCAGGAGGCGAUCAGUGGCAGACCUCGCUGGGUCAGAACAGGAACAGACAUCUGUUACUACAAGAAUCAUUUUGCAAGGAGCACCAUUGCAGCUGGUGGUCAGAAAGGAAAGUCCUAUUAUACGCUGACCUUCAGCACAAGCUUCAGCCAUAAGGAUGAUGUCUGCUACUUUGCCUAUCAUUACCCUUAUACAUACUCCACUCUUAAGAUGCACCUGUGCAAACUGGAGGCUUUGAGGACCCCUCAGAUCUACCUGAGGCAGGAUGUCCUGUGUGAAACCCUGGGGGGAAAUAGCUGCCCCCUUCUAACCAUCACUGCCAUGCCGGAUUCCAACUCCAAUGAUCACAUCUGUCAAUUUAGGAACCGUCCAUUGAUCUUCCUGUCAGCCAGAGUGCACCCUGGAGAGACCAACGCCAGCUGGGUAAUGAAGGGCACGCUGGAGUUCCUGAUGGGCACCAGCCCGCUGGCAGCCAGCCUGAGAGAGGCCUACAUCUUCAAGAUAGUCCCCAUGCUCAACCCUGAUGGAGUUGUAAAUGGAAAUCAUCGUUGUUCUCUGAGUGGCGAGGAUUUGAAUCGCCAAUGGCAGAGCCCCAAUCCUGAUCUCCACCCCACCAUCUACCACACUAAGAGCCUGCUGCAGUACCUUGCACACAUACAAAGGGCACCACUGGUGUUUUGCGAUUACCAUGGUCAUUCCAGAAAGAAGAAUGUGUUUAUGUACGGCUGCAGCGUGAAAGAGACAGUCUGGCAGUCAAAUAUCAGUGCUACAUCCAGUGAUCUACAGGAGGACCUUGGAUACAGGGCGCUUCCUAAGAUCCUCUCUCAGAUCGCCCCAGCCUUCAGCAUGGGGAGCUGUAGUUUUGUUGUGGAGCGCUCCAAAGAGUCAACCGCCCGCGUUGUUGUAUGGAGAGAGAUAGGAGUACAGCGCAGCUACACUAUGGAGAGCACGCUCUGUGGUUGUGACCAGGGCAAAUACAAGGGUAUUCAGAUCGGCACCAGAGAGCUGGAGGAGAUGGGAGCUCAGUUCUGUGUGGCCCUGCUGAGGCUGAAGAGGCUGACGGGGCUCCGCAACCACCAACACCUGUUGGAUUUGGAGAGCGACAUCAUUGGGACACAGUGUAAAGUUGCUAGCAGCUGCCCCACUACCUAUGUGAUGGAGGAGGACGAGCCGUCCUUUCUGGAAGCGAUAGACUACAGCGCUGAGAGCAACGAUGAGGACCCUGAGCCUGAAAACGAACAUGGCAGCGAAGUCCUCAAGAAUCCUGAUCACAUCGAUCAUCUGUCGGACUCCGAGACGAAUCACAGGGACUAAUGCUGAGGUGUUCAUCUCCUCUAUAACUGGCAGUUUGAGCUUAUAACCAGCCAAUGCUUGGAUCGUUAGCUGAUCAGUAAUACAAAAAAUAAAAACACAGGUUAAAUAUCCAGUACCCACACUGGUGAAUAAGUAGCAUAGAGUUACACCUGACCGUAUUAUAGAGACACUUUAUGAUGGUAUGUAGGCUGCAUUAGCACCAUUCAGGUGCUCUUUUCCCAGAUGGAUUGAUGUUGUCUGCCCACUGAAGGCGACCGUGUUACUCUUGAAGGUGCAACUCCACCUGCCUUUCCUUUCAAAUAGGCUGAUAAGAGCCCUCAGUAAGAUUUCAAUGAAUGUUUUCACCUUUCUCCGUCACACUAUAACCUUCAUGAACUGUAACCCGUGACCUCAGACACCGUAUAGCCUCUGAGAUUCACAUAUAGCUAACCAGAGCAGCAAACAGCAGGCACCGCCGAUCCUUAACUUGAACCCUCGUCCACUCGCUCAUUUUUCACAGCCGAUCUUAAACUAACGCUGCCUGAUAAGCUGUGGUAGUGUAAUAGAGCCAGUGGCCUCUGUAGGUACUGUUUUUGAAACCCCUCUUACCUGUGACACUGUUUGAUCAAACUGGAUCUCCCACUGACCAGCUCCAGAGAUCCAACCAACCUGCCUUUGUAUUUCCUUUCUGUCUUUUUAGCAGUCUCAUCCUGCACUUUAACUUUUUACUCCUUUUGUUGGUCUGGGCCUUUCUUUGUUUCCUUCCUUCCUUCUUUCUUUCUUUCUCGAUUCUUUCUGUCUUCCUUCCUUUGCUCUUUCUUCCCUUCCUUCCUUCUUUCCUGACAAGCCAAGGUAUUGGUGUCUAAAGGGGAUGCAGGGAUAACCAAACAGCUCUUUAUCUUAGCUUAGCUGCUGGUUAAACCUACUCACAUGUGACUACACUUGAGUUAUGACCUCACUCCCUCUCUGUAACCCAUCCCUCUUCGGUCACAGUGCACAUGGUCCAAUAACCCACGUGCUGUUUGCCUUGCUUCAUUCAAAACUGAAACUAUUUAUAUCACUCAAAUGUAGAAUGUUCACGUCUUUAUUAAGACAAACCUUGUUCAAUACAUGAAAAGCGGAUAUAAACUCACACCACAAACUAACACAAGUUUGGUUUGAGUUCCUUGGUCAUGCACAGCAUUAAAGUGUUAGGUUGGAGUAUAGAAUAUCCACAUGCACUGUAGGUGUUUUCAUUAUUUGUAAUAAUGAACAGUAUUAUAAUGUUAGACAAAGCAGUGAUAAACAAGACGCAUGAGCUGCAGAGAGCAGAAAACCCUUUUGCACUUUGGAUGAACACAAUACACGCAAAACUAGGACAGAAACAAACGGAAUGAGGAUAAAACAUCAUUUUACAACAUGUCACAGUCUUGAACCUCAACUUCAGUCACCUCGUUAGUUUUUAAGUUCUCAGAGCCCAGCCUAAAGCUGAUGGUAACGUUGCUGUGAUGUUUUAGAAAUUAUACUGGAAUUGUGUUUUAUUUGAAUCCUUUCCUCCACUCUGUGUGUACAUUUUGUGAAUUUGCCUAGAUGAGACCCAUGCAUAAAAACAGAUGGUGCUUUGUAUUGAGAGUGUAAAGUAGUUUUUUGGAUUUUUUUUUUUUUUUUCUUUUUUCAUUCAAGGAGAUGAGUUUCUGUUGCAAUUGUACAGCUAGCGCAUGGCUAUUUUCUGUUGUUUUUACUUUGUAAUUUAUUAAGUAUUGUUUCUGGGAUGCAACCUGUAUUGUAUAUGAGGCAUUUCAAGUGUGAGUGUAAGUGUGUGUGUGCAGGAGUUUUAAGUUAUUCCAUUAUUCAGCUCAGCUAAUGCUCUUACUGUGUGUUUUCUUCUUUCAAUUUGAUUAUCCCCUCUCACUCUCCCUCACUCUCUCCAAUCAUUUUCUCUCUCUCUCUUCUUCUCUCUAAACCUCUUUCAUUCCUCUUUUUCUUUCUUUUUCUCAACUCUGCUUCCUUUACAAGUUUUACUCCUAAACAUCCUUCAAACCCAGGGAUUUCAUUGCUCUGGGUGUGCGUAUGUGUGUGAGUGUGUGUAAAGGAUAUAUGAUGUGUAAUGUGUGUGAAAUAAUGUUGGAACCAUAUGAGAAUCUGUGUUUGUCUGUAGCACUUUAUGUCGACACAGUGCUGGGCUACUUUUAUUUUAUGUUUGUUUGGAGUUUUAAAAAAAAGUGGAAAUAGCGACUCAUUUUAAGUUGAUUGUAACGCAGAAAAAUUAAAGCUAAGAGUGAAGACAUGGGAAAUAAAAUGUGAAUGUGGUAAACUGUC